UUUUUUCGCUGAUGUUUUUCAAUCUCAUGUCAUGGCUACCAUAAACCACACCUCUUCUCUCACUUAUCCAAAUCCCAGAUUGAAACCCUUUUGUAUACCAUCACCAGCUAGCUCAAGAUUGUUCUUGAGAGUGGCCACUUCACUGCCAAAACGUUUUGUCGUUAAAAAUAGUAAAAAUGAUGAUUCAAAAGAGAGUAGUAAUAAUUUAAAGGAUGCGUUAUCGGGUAUGGUGGACAAGCAAGUGGAGGAGAUUUUGAGCAGAAAAGAGAAUAGAAUGUUGCUUGAUGGGUUAGAUAAGGCGUCUCAGAGAGUAGAAAGAGCGAAAAAAGAGCUUGCUGAGAUUCAACGACAAGAACUUGAAGCUCAACAAAUGGCGGUUUAUAUUAACCAGCUUGAGAGCAGAGCCUCCGAGAUUGCAGAAUGUCAGCGGGAAAUCUUGGAGGCAAGAGCCAAGGUUGAAGAAGCCGAACGAUCACUAUUACUGAGCACGGAUACUGAAGAUAGUUCGGGAGGAGAGACGAUCAACAAAGAUGAAGAGAGAUUGGAGUCCAUAAAGGCUGCUGCUAUAUCUGCAGUUGUCGGCACCCUCACUGAACUCCCCAUCUCUCUCACGCAGGUCGACUCCAUUCCCCAGUUAAUACUUUCUUCAGCAGUCACCUUUGCUAGCUGUGCACUAUUUGGAGUGACCUUCCGAUAUGCUGUGAGAAGAGAUUUGGAUGAUUUUCACCUAAAGUCCGGGACAGUUGCAGCUUUUGGAUUCGUCAAAGGCCUUGCUAUGGUUGCCGGAGGACCACCACUGGAUAUGAAUGCUGAAAGUUUAGUAUCCCGGGCCCUUGAUGGUGCUCUCUAUGUAUCUGAAAAUUUCUUGAUCUUUGCCUUUGCUGCUGUUAGCUUGGAUUUCUGCUUCAAAAUGAGGUUUCUAAGCCCCUUCCCUGUGAAGAGGCUGCAAAACUGAUGAUGGAGGCAGACAUGUGAUAUGCAUCUAUCUUCAUCAACUAUCACAAAAACUUGAAACUCGACAAUGAAAAGAAUUGUCUCCUUACAAACUGAAUAUUAACCUAGUGUAGAAAGAUUCAUAUAUCUGUAAGAAUGUUAAUGUAUUUUUUUGCUGUAAUCAAUAUUUUUCCCCAAA